AUGGAGGAAGAAGAUGAGUCUCGAGGGAAGACAGAAGAGUCAGGCGAGGAUCGGGGCGACGGUCCGCCAGACAGAGACCCUACGCUUUCUCCUCCUGCUUUUAUCCUGCGGGCCAUUCAGCAGGCUGUGGGGACUUCCCUGCAGGGGGAUCUGCCAAAUGAUAAAGAUGGCUCUCGGUGUCAUGGCCUUCGAUGGAGGCGCUGCCGGAGCCCACGAUCGGAGCCCCGUUCCCAGGAAUCCGGGGGGACUGACACGGCUACUGUGUUGGACGUGGCUGCUGACGGCCUCCUUGCGGGGCUGGUGAGCAUCCUGGAUCCCCCAGACACCUGGGUUCCUAGCCACAUGGACCUGCGGCCUGGCGAAAGCGAGGACAUGCUGGAGCUGGUGGCCGAGGUCCGAAUUGGGGACAGGGAUCCAGUCCCUCUGCCGGUACCUAGCCUGCUGCCCCGUCUCAGGGCCUGGAGGACAGGCAAAACGGUUUCUCCGCAGUCUCACUCUUCUCGACCCACCUGUGCCCGCCAUCUCCUCACCUUGGGCACCGGAGACGGGGGCCCUGCCCCUCCCCCUGCUCCCUCCUCUGCAUCCUCCUCCCCCUCCCCUUCGCCCUCCUCAUCCUCCCCUUCCCCACCUCCCCCUCCACCACCCCCGGCCCCGCCAGCUCCUCCUGCACCCCGGUUCGAUAUCUACGACCCCUUCCACCCCACCGACGAGGCCUAUUCCCCACCGCCUGCUCCGGAGCAGAAGUACGACCCCUUCGAGCCCACAGGCUCCAACCCCAGCUCAUCAGCGGGAACCCCCUCACCCGAGGAGGAGGAAGAGGAAGAAGAGGAGGAGGAGGGCCUGUCGCAGAGCAUCAGCCGCAUCUCUGAGACCCUGGCGGGCAUCUACGAUGACAACAGCCUGAGCCAGGACUUCCCAGGUGACGAGAGCCCAGGCCCCGACCCCCAGCCCCUGCAGCCUACUCCAGCCCCUGGCACACCGCCCCAGGCCGACUCCACCCGGGCCGACGGAGCCACUCGCCGGCGCGUCUUUGUAGUGGGGACCGAGGCAGAGGCCUGUCGGGAAGGCAAGGUCUCCGUGGAGGUGGUGACGGCUGGUGGAGCUGCCCUCCCGCCCCCUCUGCUGCCUCCGGGUGACUCGGAGAUUGAGGAGGGCGAGAUUGUCCAGCCCGAGGAGGAGCCCAGAAUGGCGGUCUCCCUCUUCCGCACCGGGGGCCGGGCAGCGCGGCCCCCAACCGCGGCCCCCCCUGUGGCCCAGCCCCCACCCCCGCCGCCCGCCCCCCGGGCCCCCGAAGGGGACGACUUCUUGUCUCUGCACGCGGAGUCCGACGGCGAGGGCGCCCUGCAGGUGGACCUGGGGGAGCCGGCCCCCGCGCCGCCCACCGCCGACACGCGCUGGGGCGGCCUGGACCUGCGGCGCAAGAUCCUGACCCAGCGGCGCGAGCGCUACCGGCAGCGAUCACCCUCGCCAGCCGCGGCCCCUGCCCCCGCCGCCCCCACCGGCCCGCCCACCCGCAAGAAGUCGAGGCGGGAACGGAAGCGGAGUGGUGGCGAGGCCAAGGAGGCCGCUUCAUCCUCCUCUGGCGCGCAGCCCGCCCCGCCAGCCCCGGCCUCCCCCUGGGACUCUAAGAAGCACCGCUCGCGGGACCGCAAGCCCGGCUCCCACGCCUCAUCGUCCACCCGCCGCCGCUCGCGGUCCCGUUCCACCCGCCACCGUUCGCGGAGCACCGACCGGCGCCGCGGGGGCAGCCGCAGGUCGCGGUCCCGGGAGAAAAGGCGGCGGCGGCGGCGCUCGAACUCACCGCCUCCGGCCACCUCAUCUUCCUCAUCUUCCCGCCGCGAGCGGCACCGUGGGAAGCACCGCGAUGGCGGUGGCAGCAAGAAGAAGAAGAAGCGGUCGCGGUCCCGGGGCGAGAAGCGUUCUGGGGACAGCGAGAAGGGCCCUGCCCCGGCGCAGCCGCCCUCCGGCUCCGCCUCCCUGGGCAGUGACCGCGACAGCCGCCGGCGGGGGGCCGUCCCGCCCUCCAUCCAGGACCUCACGGACCACGACCUCUUCGCCAUCAAGCGGACCAUCACCGUGGGCCGGCCGGACAAGUCCGACCCCCGAGGCCCCUCCCCGGCCCCGGCCUCGUCCCCCAAGCGGGAGGUCCUGUAUGACUCGGAGGGGCUGAGCGCGGAGGAGCGGGGAGGCAAGAGCAGCGAGAAGGACCGGCGGCGCUCGGGGGCGGCCUCCUCCUCCUCCUCCUCCCGGGAGAAGGGAUCGCGGCGGAAGGCGCUGGACGGGGGGGACCGGGACCGGGAGAGGGACAGAGACAGGGACAGGGACAGGUCGUCCAAGAAGGCCCGGCCCCCCAAGGAGCUGGCCCCCUCCUCGGGGCCCCCGCCAAAGCCCCCAGUCAGCAGCGGCUCGGGCUCCUCGUCCUCCUCGUCCUCGUCGUCUUCCCGGAAGGUGAAGCUGCAGUCCAAGGUGGCGGUCCUGAUCCGUGAGGGCGUCAGCAGCACCACGCCCGCCAAGGAGGCCUCAUCUGCCGGCCUGGGCUCCAUCGGAGUCAAGUUCAGCCGAGACCGAGAGAGCCGCUCCCCCUUCCUCAAGCCAGACGAGCGGGCCCCUGCAGAGGUGGCCAAAGCAGCUCAGGGCAGCACCAAGCCCAAAAAGACCAAGGUCAAGGCCAAGGCUGGGGCCAAGAAAACCAAGGGGACCAAGGGAAAGACCAAGCCAUCCAAGACCAGGAAAAAGAUCCGCAGCGGGGGCAGCAGCGGCCCAGUGACGCUGAAGAAGUCCAAGGCGGAUAGCUGCAGCCAGGCGGCGGGAGCCAAGGGGGCCGAGGAGACCUCCUGGUCUGGGGAAGAACGGGCAGCCAAGGCCCCCAGCACCCCGCCCCCCAAGGUGGCCCCUCCGCCCCCUGCACUGACGCCCGACUCUCAGACUGUGGACAGCAGCUGCAAGACGCCUGAGGUCUCCUUCCUGCCAGAAGAGGCCGCUGAGGAGGCUGGGGUCCGAGGUGGGGCCGAGGAGGAGGAGGAGGAGGAAGAGGAGGAGGAGGAGGAGGAGGAGGAGGAGCAGCAGCCGGCCACCACCACGGCCACCAGCACGGCAGCCGCCGCACCGAGCGCUGCCCCAAGCGCGGGAUCCACAGCCGGUGACUCGGGGGCGGAGGACGGGCCCGCUCCCCGCGUCUCUCAGCUGCCCACCCUGCCCCCGCCCAUGCCCUGGAACCUGCCCGCGGGCGUGGACUGCACUACUAGCGGUGUCCUGGCCUUGACUGCACUUCUCUUCAAGAUGGAAGAAGCCAAUCUGGCGAGCCGAGCAAAGGCCCAGGAGCUGAUCCAGGCCACCAACCAGAUCCUCAGCCACAGGAAGCCGCCCUCAAGUCUGGGGGUGACCCCAGCUCCUGUGCCCACCUCCCUGGGUCUUCCCCCCGGCCCCUCCAGCUACCUGCUGCCUGGCAGCCUCCCCCUGGGAGGCUGUGGCUCCACCCCUCCCACCCCCACUGGGCUGGCUGCAGCGUCUGACAAGAGAGAGGGCAGCAGCAGCUCCGAGGGACGUGGGGACACAGACAAGUAUCUGAAGAAGCUGCACACACAGGAGCGGGCGGUGGAGGAGGUGAAGCUGGCCAUCAAGCCAUAUUAUCAGAAGAAGGACAUCACCAAGGAGGAGUACAAGGACAUCCUGAGGAAGGCCGUCCACAAGAUCUGCCACAGCAAAAGUGGGGAGAUCAACCCAGUGAAGGUGAGCAACCUGGUGCGCGCCUACGUCCAACGCUACCGCUACUUCCGCAAGCACGGCCGCAAGCCAGGGGACCCUCCGGGGCCUCCACGGCCACCCAAGGAGCCGGGACCCCCUGACAAAGGUGGCCCGGGCCUGCCCCUGCCCCCUCUCUGA